AUGUCCGACUUCAUCGAUGGAUUGAAUCUCAUCACCAGUGCUAAAAUUCACGAGCUGUAUGCGAAGCAGGACACCGAGGACCCGCUCGUCCUCCGCAAGAAGGCUGCGGACUUCCGCAAAGGGUAUGGGAACUGGCGUAGCAAGAAGUCCAAGGGCGCCAGGGGCGAGACGGGCUACCUGCUCGACAAGGAGAAGCUGCAUGCCACCGAUGUACACCACACGGACAUUGUGAUGGAUGCCGUGCCCCUGACGAGAGUGAACUCGACGGAGCAGCUCAAGCAGCCCGACACGCCCGGGCGGGGCUUGAGCAGGAGGGGAAGCCUCUUCCGAUGCAACUCCAUCAUCGACGGCAACGAGCUGGACGAUGGCAAGGAAAAGGAGAACUGGCUCAAGUUCUACGUCAACCCCUACUCGGGUAUGGCAGAGGCUGAACUGACGGAGCCCGUCGCCCUCAACCAGGGCAACCUGGAGAAGGUCAUCCCUGCAAGCGUCGUCAAGCCCAAGUACCAGCGGCCAGGGGACGGGCGAUUCAUCGACCACUACAUGUGCCACAUGGGUGUUGGCGGCUUCCACAGGUCGCACCAAGCGGUAUACACUGAUGACCUCCUGAAUCUCGCGGCGUCACUUGAGGCAGAAAACGGGGCUCCCACAGACGUAAAGAAGUGGGGCAUUGUAGGUAUCGGCCUGAUGCCUUGGGACAGCAAGAUGUACAACAUCCUCAAGGAACAAGACCACCUUUACACACUCCUGUCGAGAGGGCACACGGGCUCGGAGGCCAGGGUCGUCGGCUCCAUCGUUGACUUCAUGUUCGCGCCGGAAAACCACCAGGCCGUCAUCGACAAGCUUUCGGACGCGGAAACCCGCAUCGUUUCGUUGACGGUUACGGAGAAGGGGUACUGCCAAGACGUGAACGGCGACUUGGACAGGACGAACGCGUUGGUGAAGAGCGACUUGGACGGGGACCUCGCCAAGCCGUCUUCGGCCAUCGGGAUGAUCGUAGCGGCGUUGAGACAGCGAAGGAACAACGGCACGCCGUCUUUCACCGUUCUGUCGUGCGACAACCUGCCGGAGAACGGGGACAAGAUCAAGCACGUGGUGCUGCAGAUGGCGGGAUACGUCAGUCCAGAGUUGAGGGAGUGGGUGGAGGCCAACACGACCUUCCCCAACACGAUGGUCGACCGAAUCACUCCCAUGACAGAGGCGGAGCACAUCGAGCUUGUCGCAAGGGAUUACAUGGUCAAAGACUCCUGGCCGGUUAUCGCGGAGGACUUCUCUCAGUGGGUCAUCGAGGACAACUUCUGCGACGGCAUGCCGGCCUGGGACAAGGUCGGCGGGUUGGUGGUGAAGGACGUUAAGCCGUACGAGUUCAUGAAGCUCCGACUCUUGAACGGCGGGCACAGCUGCCUGUCGUACAUCUCGGUGCUGUGCGGCUACAGCUACGUGGACGAUGCCAUGGCGGACCCUCAGAUCUCAGGGUUCAUCAGCGCGUUCUUCCAGGAGAUCGCCCCUACCCUCCUACCGGUACCGGGCGUAGACACCAAGACCUACCAGGCCAAGCUUGUCGAGCGAUUCGGAAACCCGUACAUCAAGGACAAGCUGACUCGGCUAGCGGAGGACGGGUCAAAGAAGAUGCCCAACACCCUCAAAGAAGCGGUGAUGGAGCUGCGAGAGAAGGGUCUGUCUACCAAGGUCAUCGCACUGGCCAACGCGGCGUGGAUCCGAUACAUGACGGGGAAGGGGCCCAUUUGGGGUGACGUCAUCAUCCAGGGGAUCAAGGACCCACUGGCUGCCGAGUUGCAAGACCUCGCCGAGGAGGCGAUCAACGGCGUAGACACGGGAGCCGAGCCCAAGCCCGAGAAGUACAUUGAGCUCGUCUUCGGCCAGGAGAUCGUUGAACUGGAAGGCUUCGUGGAGGAGAUCAAGGAUUGUCUCAAGUCUAUCGUCAACAAGGGCGCCCCUGUCACCCUCGAGGAGGUGAUGGCUAGCGUAACCGCAGCAUAAAUCGCGUUGCCUCUCGCCCUGGCCGGGGUCACCAAGUUUGAAAGAGUACCGUUCUCUUCACGGGGGCGAGGCCGUAGUGCCGUUGGGCAAGCAAUUUUCGUCGGCGCUCUGUGAGGGCUACGCGUAGAACACGACCGAGGCAGGAGAGGUGACGGCGCAACUGCCGCCGCUCGAGGGACGGGGAGCGCGGCUUGCUCGCGCUGAGCGCCGUUGGUGUCGACGGCAUUGAGAGCAUUGAGAGGAGAGGACCGUUGGUGGUGGUGAGGGGUACGGUCGAGAAGGAGUCUGCUGGACGAAAUACCAAAAAGAGAGAAAAAGCAGGGAGAGCGCCGGUAGGCCGCUCUCUCAACGAGGUUUACAAGUGAGAUUGCUGCAGAUUGACCCGUUAGGAUACGGUUGGGCGCACAAUGUGAGUACCGUUGGACCAACGGCAAGGGUUGGGCGAAUGACCGAGAGUACCGUUGGACGGAUGACCAAGAGUACCGUUGAAAGUUGGUGCGCCGGCCCGGCGUCAGGGCGGCGUUGCCUGCUGCCAUUUUGGUGGUGCCGAGUGAUGAUGCAUGCUGGACAGAUGAAUUCCAAAUUGGACAUCUCGUUCCCGCUCGGAAGUUUUUUCCGCUUGGUUGGGGGUUGUUCCCUAUUUUUUUUCCCCCCCCCCCCCCCCCCAUUGUGCAUGGCCGUUGUACGUGCGAAACAGCAGGAUUUUUUUUUUUUCCUUCGCCACCGCGGGUGUGGAGACACAUCGUCUCGUCUCUUGUACGUAGCUCAGGCCGGCCCCUGAUUUGAUUUUUUGUCCUGUUGUUGUAUGCUUCGUUCUCCAUAAUUUGCCAUACUAUAAUAGUUUAUUUUUGGUGUUGUUGUUGUUGCGUUGCGUUGUGUGUCGUGGUCGGUCGGUCGACCUGACGUUUGUGCCGUUACCGUUAAUUCGGAGGUCUUGCUAGUAGUGCAAUGGACACGUGACAUGAGACAUGGACUUUUGUGGCAAGGUACUAUAAGAGAGUAAUACGGUGGCACCUUGUCUUUCAAAACAUAGCGGAGAAUGACUCUGGGCUAACUGGCAUCGGAUCGGAUCGGAUCGGGGCUUGGGGGGGGAAAUAUAGAGUUUUUAUUGUAUUGUGCAUGCAAGGCAUGAUCGCACUGCCUUCCCCGCUUGACCCCCCGCGGCGCGCCAAGAGUCGAAUCAAGUGUGCUGGUGCUGGUUGCCCUCGUGUUUUGUUGCGAAGUUUGGGGUCCCCGCGGCAUGCGAUGCUGAUGUUCGCUAGAUCUAAUUUCGCCGCAUCUCCGUCUGAUUGAUUGAGUCGCUCUCGUUCUAAGUCGUGGUAAUUGUGUGAGGCUGGUUUUAGUGUGGUCAAAAUCAAAUUGGACGACGAAAAGGAGGUUCACAAAACGGGUGGGG